AUGGCCUCCCCCUUCCCCUCCUCUCAGCAAAAGAGAAGGUCGAGGGACAUCGAGUGCGGACGCCAAGACACAACCAGAUCCGCCACGCUCGUGCAGGGUUUCUUCGACCCGGGCCUCAAUGGAGGUCGCCAUGGCUUGCUCCGUGGCAACCCUCGCGCACGGUCGUUUCUCCGCGUGCGGCAGGUGAGGGAGCUGCUACGGAGGAGUGAGGAGGGCCACAUCCUACUCUAUCGGCCGGAUGCUGAGCGGGUGGAUGGGCGUCAACUGGCCCGACUCCACCUGCCACCAUUGGUGGACCACUCUGGAGAACAACUUCGUGCUGGAAGCUUCCAAGGACGAGUACGGCGGUGUGGUGGUCGACGCCGACAAGCUGCCGCCCGACGAGGCCGCCUUCGCUGGGUCAUUCAUGUCUUCCCUCUCCUACUGGAAGGAAAGAAAGGGGUGUGGCUGAAGUUGCCAGUUGAUCGUUCUGAGUUUGUUCCCAUAGCAGUAAAGGUCCUAGUGGUGCAAGAGAAGUACCGCGGCUGGGUGUUGGACGGUGUGUGGAAACUUCCCACGGGGUUCAUUCAGGAGUCAGAAGAAAUAUACACACGAGCCAUCAGAGAGGUCCAGGAAGAAACUGGGGUUGACACAAGUGCUCGGAGCCGCAAGUUCUGAACCUGAACGUUUAUGCUGCAUUUGUUUCUUUCAGAGCAAGAGGACUACAGCAGGCUGAGCCCGCUGAGCUACACAGGAGCCUGUACCAGAUCAUGUUGUGGCUCUACUUGCACAAGGUCGUCGGCGUCGCGCAUUUCCUGCUCUUCGUCGAGGGCAAGGCCUCCAAGCCCACCGUCACCAGUGUCCUCGAGUCCAUCCCCGUGCGUUCCUCGCCUCAUCAGAUUUCCAAAAAUCCACUAGUACCAAUCUGACUCUUGUCUGUUCUGAGUCUUAAUCUCUCUGUUUCUUUUUCUCUUUCACGGUGUGAAGGUGGUGUACAGGACCAAGGAACUUGAGGAGCAGCAGGCCAGGAGAUGAUGGCCUUCAUUCAUGUUUCGUCGCGAGCAUGAUGACGAAGAAGUCAGAAGAAGCAAGGCAUGCAUGAUCUAGGCAUGCAUGCACACUCUCGUAUCUGUUCUUCACGACAUUGUUUUAGUGCUGAAUUUUCUUGGAAUUUGAAUGUAGUGCUGAUUUUGCUGAGAUUUUGAUAUAUAUUUUGCAUGCUAACAAAAUUCAAAUGCUGGUAGUUAUGUACAUAUUCUUAGAAUACUAUUCUAAUUGGAAAAUAUGUUGUCAUUGAA